GAACGGAAAUCGGUUUGCGUAACCACUACCACCGAUUCAUUCAUUUCAUUCUAAUCAAUUUUCCACUCCCACCGCACUACCUCCCUACAAUUUCUCUCCUCUCCAUAUCUCCUCCUACAAUUCUUCAUCUUCUUCUUCUUCUUCAUCUGUUUCUUCCUCCUCGGUUAAACCCUCCCCAUCCUCCUCCUCCUCCUCCUCCCUCUUUAUAUUUCUACAGGUAUUCUAUUUUCCCAAUUACUGCCAUAAAUCUGUGCGGAUUCUUGUAUGCCAGGAUCUGGACAUCAUAUCUCAUACUCUUGACUUCUUCUUCAGGUAACCUCUAUCCAUGCCUUUUACUUUCUCUUUGCAUCCUUCUUCAACUCCUGCCUCUCCCUCUUCCUAAUCAAAUUUCUGCCUCAUCAUCUCAACGCCACCUUUUUCUUUCUCGAAUUGCUACAUCAUCCCUUCCUUUCUUACAUAAUCUCCUUUUCAUCUUCAUUACGCGAUUCCGGUCAAACUUGUUCAUCAGUCUCCCUUUCUUUUCUGAUUCAGACAACCACGCGCUUCAGAUUUUACAUAAUCUCCUAUCCCUGUUGAUGUUCUUCUCACUAUCUGGAUGUGGGUUUUAGAUACAACUCCUGGGAUUUUCUUCUGCUCUGAUGUCCUUCUAGUGUCAUGUCUCAAAUUCGUGCUUGCUCUGAAUUUGAUGUUUAUGUUUGACUUUCUGCUAUCAAUAUUUUCAAGGAAACCAUGAUGAUGGCUAGUUUCUCGCAUCCCGUUUUCACCUGGAUAGAUUCUAAUUCUAAGUAAAUGUUAUGGAUUGCUGGAUUUUGGAAGAUCAUUGGUAUCCCAGUAUUGUAGAUUCAUAUACUGAAUUAAGUGAACUCAUGGAUUAUUUUACCCAGUGUUCUAAUAGGAUAUGUUGAGCCUGUAAGACCACUAUUGUUAUAUUAUAUUCGGGAUGACUUCGAUGGAAGACCUUAUGUGACAAUGCCAAGUUUGUUUGUAAACUUAUGGAAUUUUUGCAAAUUGAUUGAUUGAAUCCUCUUAUUUUGUCCGUUGUUUUUCAAUUAACCCCAUCAUCCCCCAGAGUUAAAAUAAUUUGAGAUUGAAGCGGUUCAAUGUCUACGCAAUGUUUCAUUAUUAUUGUCCUUUUCCUUAUCAUUUAUUCUAUCCCUGAAAUUUGUUAUUAAAACGCUGCCCCCUUUUGCAGGCAGUGAACCCUCCGUACUAUCGGUAUUUUAAACUUCACAUCAUCUGAAGUUCAUCACCUCUGUUCUGGAGAAAAUGUUGGGUGGCGACAAUGGCAAUGCCAUGCUUCCCGUUUUCCUAGAUGAAAAUCGAACUCAAUAUCAAACUAAUGCUUCUGGUCAGCUGCAGUUAUUUGGAAAUCUGCCCGUAAGCUGUGGAAUUGAGCCUGUAAAUUAUUUUGGAAACGAGCAAAUGGCUCAUAUGCUUCGCCCUAACAAAAGAAGUAGGGAAAUAGAAGAUUUCUCAAGACAGCAGAAGCUUCAGAUUUCCUUAGAUUAUAAUGCUUGUCAAGAUGAUGCUGAUCGUCCAGCAAGCAUUAUAAACCCAAAUGCUGUAUCAACAGGUUUAAGGCUAUCGUAUGAUGAUGAUGAGCACAACUCCUCUGUUACCACUGCAAGUGGAAGCAUGACAGCUGCACCUUCUAUCAUAUUUUCUCUGGGUGAUAAUCUCAGGAUCGAGAUUGAUAGACAAAAGGAAGAACUGGAUCAAUAUAUUAAAAUUCAGGAAGAACAUUUGGCAAAGGGCAUUAGGGAGAUGAAGCAAAGACAUAUGGCUUCAUUUGUUAAUGCGAUCGAGAAAGGCAUUGGAAAGAAACUACAUGAAAAGGAUGUAGAAAUUGAGAACAUGAACUGUAAAAAUAGGGAACUAGUGGAGAGAAUAAAGCAGGUUGGCACUGAAGCCCAGAAUUGGCAGUGCAGAGCGAAGUACAAUGAAUCAGUCGUAAACGUCCUGAAAAGCAACCUUCAGCACGUUAUCUCACAGGGUGCGGACCAAGCGAAGGAAGGAUUUGGAGACAGUGAAGUGGAUGAUGCUGCUUCACACGUUGAUUCAAACAAUUACCUUAGUGUUCCAGGUGGAACUAUGAGAUCCACAACCAGGAAUUUAGCAGGUUUCAAGGAGCGCAUGAUCUGCAGAGCAUGCAAGGCAAAAGAGGUUUCCAUCCUACUCAUGCCUUGUAGACAUUUAUGUUUGUGCAAAGAUUGCAAUGGACUUGUAAGUGUCUGUCCUGUCUGUCAGUUGAUCAAAACGGCUGGUAUCCAAGUGUACUUGUCCUAAAUUAUAAUCUUACCAAAGAGGAAAAGAAAAUCUUUUAUCCUUGUGUAUGUGUGAUA